CGCCCCCCCAAGACUGAAUGAAGCAGGAAGCCCCGCCUUCCACAACUGUAUGGCGUCAUAGUCGCCAUGGCCAGCUAUCCGUACGGGCAGAAUUGCCCCGGAGCUGCAGGACAGGCACCUGGAGCACCUCCAGGUGGCUACUACCCUGGACCUCCCCAUGGUGGGGGCCAGUAUGGCAGUGGAUUCCCCCCUGGCGGUGGUUACGGAGGUCCUGCCCCUGGAGGACCCUAUGGAUACCCCAGUGCUGGGGGACUCCCCUCUGGAACUCCGAGUGGACCAUAUGGUGGUGUACCCCCAGGGGGCCCCUACGGUCAGCCACCUCCAAGUUCCUAUGGUGCCCAGCAGCCUGGACCUUAUGGACAGGGUGGUGUCCCCCCCAAUGUGGAUCCUGAGGCCUACUCGUGGUUCCAGUCAGUGGAUGCCGAUCACAGCGGCUAUAUCUCCCUGAAGGAGCUGAAGCAGGCCCUCGUCAACUCUAACUGGUCCUCGUUCAAUGAUGAGACCUGCCUCAUGAUGAUAAACAUGUUUGAUAAGACCAAAUCCGGCCGCAUUGAUGUCGUCGGCUUCUCAGCCCUAUGGAGAUUUCUCCAGCAGUGGAAGAGCCUCUUCCAGCAGUAUGACCGGGACCACUCUGGAUCCAUCAGCUCUGUAGAGCUGCAGCAGGCGCUGUCGCAGAUGGGCUACAACCUGAGUCCUCAGUUCACCCAGCUCCUGGUGUCUCGCUACUGCGCACGCUCUGCCACUCCCGCCAUGCAGCUCGACUGCUUCAUCAAGGUGUGUACCCAGUUGCAGGUGCUGACUGAGGCCUUCCGGGAAAAGGACACCGCUGUACAGGGCAACAUUCGGCUCAGUUUUGAAGACUUCGUCACCAUGACAGCCUCUCGGAUGCUAUGAUCCAGCCUACCCAACAAGAGUGGAGCACACCAAGGGAUGCGGCCUGUCUUCUCUUCCUCCUCUCCUAGCAAAGCUCUUCCUAGCCUGACCUAGGAAAGGACCAAAGGCUGAAUACCCUGGGCUGUGGAAUGGCAUCACCUUGGGGUAGGGGAUGCUGGUGGUGGCAGUGGAGUUAGUGUCUGGUCAGCUGUCCCUGGCCUCUGGCUUCCCCCUCUGUUCCCUGAUGCCAGUGCUAAGCAUCACCGCUGGCCUCUGCUGGCAUGACUGUCAUUCCUCACCAAGACGGCCAGGUCAGAUGAGCCCAGUUUCUGCUAAGUGGACUCAGACUGAGCAUGAGGGAGAUUUGCUAGGACCAGUGCCUGGGAUUCCUCAACUCCCACAAUCCUUGUGUGUUAGCAUUAGUUCACCUGAGACUUUGCCUGCUCUAGAGGCUUGGAGAAGCUGCCAUUUCAUCCAUAUCUGAUGAGGUUCCUGCCCUCCAAAACUUGGACCCCUCACUGACCUGCCAUGUUCCACUCAGCUUCAGUUCCAGGGGACAGUUGUCGCAUCUUACUGCCAAUGUUUAUAAUUUGCUUUUUUUUUUCCCAUUUGGGGCCAAAAGUCCAGAAAACUGUGAGUUUCAAUAAAAGACUCUACAGUCCCAUGCUUCCCAC